UCUUUGCCCUGUUGUGGGCAAAAAGCAUGAGACGGUGUCCUAAAGAGAGCCAAUUGCAAUCCUGCCUGCCCCUUUUCUAGGUUCUAGGAAAUGAGAUCAUUCCCCUUGCUUGGCAACUAGGACAAGGGGUCACCCCAGUGCUGUCUUCCAACCUACUUUAUCCCAGUCAUUUCAGGGUUAAAAUUGUAGGAUUUGCUCGAGAUGUUUUUUUUUUCUUCAUUUCUGCUUUUUUAUUUUUGCAUUUGCUCUAGAAUAGAAAAAUGCUUGCCCAUCCUCCAUUGUAUGUUCCUUUAAUACCGGUAAGGUGUAUUAGCAGAUGUGUGUGUCUCCAUGCCCAGCAGAAAGUUAACCAGAGGACAGAUCCUUAUUUUUUAUGGCAGCAUCAGUAUAUUAAUGUCUGCUAACCCUGUCACUAACACACAUUCUUUUAAGGGAAAAAAAUGCUUCUGUGCUCUAGUUUUAAAAUGCAAAGGUAUGAUGUUAUUUGUCACCAUGCCCAAAAAAGUCCUUACUCGAUAACUUUGCCAGAAGAGGGAGAGAGAGAGAAGGCAAAUGUUCCCCCAGCUGUUUCCUGUCUACAGUGUCUGUGUUUUGUAGAUAAAUGUGAGGAUUUUCUCUAAAUCCCUCUUCUGUUUGCUAAAUCUCACUGUCACUGCUAAAUUCAGAGCAGAUAGAGCCUGCGCAAUGGAAUAAAGUCCUCAAAAUUGAAAUGUGACAUUGCUCUCAACAUCUCCCAUCUCUCUGGAUUUCUUUUUGCCUCAUUAUUCCUGCUAACCAAUUCAUUUCCAGACUUUGCACUUCAGAAGCAAUGGGAAAAAUCAGCAGUCUUCCAACCCAAUUAUUUAAGUGCUGCUUUUGUGAUUUCUUGAAGGUAAAGAUGCACAUUAUGUCCUCCUCUCAGCUCUUCUACCUGGCCCUGUGCUUGCUCACCUUCACCAGCUCCGCCACGGCUGGACCAGAGACGCUCUGUGGGGCUGAGCUGGUGGACGCUCUUCAGUUCGUGUGUGGAGACAGGGGUUUUUAUUUCAACAAGCCCACGGGGUAUGGCUCCAGCAGUCGGAGGGCACCUCAGACAGGCAUCGUGGACGAGUGCUGCUUCCGGAGCUGUGAUUUGAGGAGGCUAGAGAUGUACUGUGCACCCCUCAAGCCUGCCAAGUCUGCCCGCUCAGUCCGUGCCCAGCGCCACACCGACAUGCCCAAGGCUCAGAAGGAAGUACAUUUGAAGAACGCAAGUAGAGGGAGUGCAGGAAACAAGAACUACAGAAUGUAGGAAGACAUUCCUGAAUUGUGAAGAAUGACAUGCCACCAGCAGGAUCAUUUGCUCUGUAGGAGUUACCUGAUAAACAUCAGAAGACUUACCAAAAAAAAUAAGUUUGAUAAUAUUUCAUAAGAUGGGCAUUCCCCCCAAUGAAAUACGCAAGUAAACAUUCCAACAUUGUCUUUAGGAGUGAUUGUUAAAAGCUUUGCACCUUGCAAAAAUGGUCCUGGAGUUGGUAGAUUGUUGUUGAUCCUUUAUCAAUAAUGUUCUAUAGAGAAAAAUAUAUAUAUAAAUAUAUCUUAGUCCCUGCUUCUCAAGAGCCACAAAUGCAUGGGCGUUGUAUAGAUCCAGUUGCACUAAAUUUGUUUCUGAGUCUUGGCUGCUGGAGCCAUUCAUUCAGCAGUCUUGUCUAAGUGGUUUAUUCUUUUUUUUUUUUUUUUAAUUUGCACUUCCUUCUACGCAACACAGGCCAUUUGUUUUACAGUGUCUGAUAAUCUUGUUUGUCUAUAUUCACCCUCCCCCCACUUCAUCUUUAUAUUUGCCAAAUUUGGCCUCCUCAAGAGCAGCAACAAGCAGUCAAGUAGCACACCCAAAAGAUUUUAACCCAAAAGAUUCCAUCUGUGGCAUUUGUACCAAAUAUAAGUUGGAUCCAUUUAUUUUAGACACAAAGCUUUAUUUUUCCACAUCUUGCUAAAAAAAAUUUUGAGGCCAAUCAUUUUUAGGCAUAUGUUUUAAGCAUAGAAAGUCUCAAACUCUCAACAGUUCCUUCAAAUGAUGAGUUAAUGUGCAACCUGAUUAGUAACUUCUCUCUUUUUAUUUUUUCCAUAUAGAGCACUAUGUAAAUUUAGCAUAUCAAGAAUACAGGAUAUAUCACAAACAGUAUGUAAAACUCUGUUUUUUAGUACAAUGGUGCUAUUUUGUAGUUUGUUAUAUGAAAGAGUCUGGCCAAAACGGUAAAAGGUGAAAGCAAAACAGAAGAAGCCUGGAGCCAAAGAUGAUACGAAGGGGAAGAGUCCUAAAAAUCCAUCCAUUUGGGAAAGAAGGCAAAAUUCCCCCAAUGAUCCCUUCCAAGAAAAACUUAAGACACAAAGUCCGCUAAUGCAAAUUUGAUUGGGGAGUCCAGAGAGGAGUGGAAAAAGCAGAAGGCUAGGAAUUUAACAGUCCUGGCUUCUAUUUCUCACUGAAGAAAUAAACAUUUGCCGACUCUGUCACGGACUCACCACUGUGUGACUUUGGGCAAGUCACUUCACCUCUCUGUG